GCCCCGGUGCCCCUCACCCCGACAAGGGGAGGAGGAAGUGCAGCGGGAAGAGGAGUUUCACCCGCGGUUUCCGGGGAGUCCCCUCCCAACUGGCUUGAAAACCCAGCCUGAUGACAUCCUUGCGGCCCCCGGCCCCGAGUGGGGGCUCCACCCUGGGGUCCUGGAGGCCCCUUCCCAGAGCCAGUGGGCGGCCUGGCUCUGGGGUCGGGAGCAGCCUAGGAUUUCACAGGGACUGGAAACAUCCAGGGGGACACGGGGCUGCCUGGCCCCUGUGCUUGGCGGUUCGGAGAGGCACGGUAAUUUCUGUCCUGGAGCACCCCUGGAGGGACGGAGGAGCAGAGGUGAUCCCAGUCCUCAUCACAGGAGGCAUCGUGGCCACCGCCGGACGCUUCGCCCAGUGGUACUUCGGUGCCUACUCCAUCGUGGCAGGGGUGUUCGUGUGCCUGCUGGAGUACCCUCGGGGCAAGAGGAGGAAGGGCUCCACCAUGGAGCGCUGCGGGCAGAAGUACAUGGCGGCUGUGGUGAAGCUGUUUGGGCCCCUGACCAGGAACUACUAUGUCCGGGCGGUGCUGCACCUGCUGCUGUCAGUGCCUGCAGGCUUCCUGCUGGCAACCAUACUGGGAACCGUGUGCCUGGCCAUUGCGAGCUGCAUCUAUCUGCUGGCGGCCAUUCGUGGUGAGCAGUGGAUGCCUAUUGAGCCCAAGCCCAAGGAGCGGCCACAGGUGGAAGAUAUCAAGCAGCCACCCAGCAACCCUCCGCCCCGGCCUCCAGCCGAAGCCCGCAAGAAGCCCAGUGAGGAGGUGGCAGCAUCGGCUGGUGGUGGUCCUCAGGACAACCCCAUGCCGGUGACAGAGGAGGUGGUGUGACCCUAGCCUAGAGCCCGCCUGUGGCCGUCACCGUUGCCAGGUGGCCACUAGAGGGCACUGUGGCCACCACAAUAAACAUGGUGACCGGCA